UUCCGGUGUGGAGAAGGCGUCCGGCAAGUUAGUUGUUUUGAGAGAGUCCCUGGGCUGCUUGGCGUCGGCGCCGUAGGGCGAACGCCGGAGCACGGCGUCUUCGUGAAUACCAGCGAUGUCGUAUAAACGGGGUGGCUCGGGGACCGUCUGUCAAUCAUCGACGCUCUCGCCGGCGUUAAUACAAGUCGCUGCCGCCUGAGAGGGAGCGGAUCCCGGCACAUGGCGCGGUGUGGGGGGGACGCUGUCUCGAAAGGCACCAGCUGGGCCCCGGCGGCAGCAGGCGGCGGGAGGGGGGCGUGGGAGCGGCAGAGGCUGAAGGAGACGGUGGCUGAGCAGCUCCGUCAGGAUCUCGGCAGGCUUCUUAAAGAAGAAAUACAUGCAGAUGUCACUUUUUGUGUUGGUCAUACUCUAUUCAGAGCACAUAAAGCAGUGCUUUUAGCAAGAGUUCCAGACUUCUUCUUACACAGUACCGGAAAACAAUUAAGUAAUCUGAAAGACCAUGAAACUUUUAAUUUGGAGAACUUCGAACCAUCGGAAUUUAAAACAUUUCUGCAGGUUGUAUAUUCGUCGGAUAAAAACAUUAGGGAAAUCGAGGAAGAGACUCUGAGGAAAAGAGUACUGGAGCCCAGACAAACACAGGAAAAUGAAAGCCUUACAUCUGGUAGUCUUCAGAACACUCAAAUAUCAGGUGUAAAAUGCAUUGGAAGUGAUAAAAGAACUUCUGUUAAUCAGCAUUUUCUGGAAGGAGCCAUAGAAAGAGAAGUUGUUUGUUCACCUAAUACUGAAGAUGAAAUUCUAGAAGCCAAUGAUGCUGAAGGCAAUGUAACUAAUCCAGGUAAUUCUGAACUAGAAACCGCAUCUGGGUUAGGAGAAGACUUAAUGAUGCUCUACAAGAAAUGUUGUUGUCCAGAUAUUAAUAUUUGGAUAGAAGGCAACCAGUUUCAGGCUCACAGGGCCAUUUUAUGUGCCAGAUCUAGUUACUUUGCUGCUAUGCUGAGUGGAAGUUGGGCUGAAAGCUCCCAAGAGCACAUCACUCUUCAAGGCAUAAACCAAGUAGAAAUGAAUGUCAUAUUGUAUUUUAUAUAUGGAGGAAUGCUGGACUUCCCAAACAAAGCUGAUGCUAGUCGAAUACUCAGCGUUGCUGAUAUGUAUGGGCUAGACGGACUGAAAGAAGUAGCUAUCUAUAUUCUCAAAAGAGACUACUGCAAUUUUUUUCAAAAGCCUAUUCCUGGAAGGCAGCAACAUGUGCUAGAAUGCCUGGCUAUUGCUCAUUUAAUGGAAGUUGAGAAUCUUUAUGCUGCUUGCAUGAAAUGGAUAGGAAAACAUUUUGUGAAGUGUUGGUCAGAGAGGAGCUUUGCCAGUUUACCCACUGAGCUUCAGAACAACUGUCUUACUGUGAUGAUUCAGUCUUUGAACCACAAGAAUGCAGCUUCUCUGUUGAUGGAAAGUGACUGGCUGCUCAGUAGUCUUCCCCAAGUGAAAUGGUCUGAAACGGCUCUGGCCUUGGCAUCUAGGCUUCAAGAAGAAUGCAUAACAUUUAUUGUAACAAACUUCCCUCAUAUAAUAGAGAGUGAAAGUUUUCAUAUUUUCUUGCAGGCACAGGCAAUGAGCAGCAAACCUGAUCUUCUAGAACAAGUUUUAAAAGCAAUUGAGAAAAACAUUAGCAUUGAAAACAGUUGCUUUCUUCUUAUAGCUGUGAAUACUUUGCUGAGCUCCACAAAUGUGACGGAAAUGGGUUUUACGUGCAAGAUCCAGGCUCUGCGUGAUAAGCUGUGGAUCUUCCUGGUUCAGUCUUUUUAUGCUGUUCGUCACACAGAAAGCUGGAAGCUGAUGAGACCAGAUCAUCAAGAGAAAAUACAAGCAGCUGCUUUUGACAAAGGGGAUGAUCGAAGACUUGGCAAAAAACCUGUAUUCACUAGUUCUCAGCUAAACAGACGCAUUACUGACUCUGUUGAUAUAAGGCACACUUCCUGGAAAGUAAACAGCAAGAGAGAUUAUUGGGGCGAUUCCUUCACUAAUCAGGAUAAAAUGAAAUCUGAUGGAUUAGGAGCAUCUGGACAUACAUCAAGUACUAACAGGAACACUGCUAAUAAGACUUCAAAACAUGAUGACUUGAAGGGAAAAGAUAGUAAGAAAACAGUUUCCAAGAUUACAAAAGAUUCAAAAACUGGGGAAAAAGUUGCUUCACCAAAGGCUAGAGCUGUCAUAAAGCCAAAAACAGAAAGCAAUGGAAAUGCUAAGGCUGAAAGCUUGAUUACCAAACAAGAUUCAGAGAGGUCAUCUUCAAGUGGGCAAAAAAAUUCAGGAAGUGGAAAAGGAGUAAAAAAUCAGGAAGGAAAAAGUUCAGGUGCCAGACCUAAAGUACUUACUGGAAGCCCAAGUGUGCAAAUCAAAACAAAGCCAUUGAAGAAAACCACAGGGAAAGAAUCACCCUCUCUGGUAACAGAGACAGGAACUUUCAGCAAGUCAGCAAACUCAAGUACAGAUUUACAGAUUUCCAAUGAACAACUAGAUGAACCCAAAGAGGAUAAACCAGUAGAUGAAGGAAAAAAACAUACUGCAGUGAAAACAAAGUCUGCUUUGAAGAUGACUAAUGGAGCCACCAACAAAAAAGCUAAUGAACUUGAGACUAACAUUACAACAAAUAGUGUGACAAAGAAAUCCACUGGAAAAGGAUACAGUGAACAAAAUCAACAAACUGUUUUGAAGAAUAAGGGAAAUGUGAGUGGCAAUUCUACAUCUCAGAAGAAGACAAAGAAUGCACCAGCUAAUGUUGCUAAAAACGAAGGACCACAAGGAGACUCACAAAAUUCAUUAAGAUCUGGAAUGUUUCCGAAACAAGAUGAAGAAAAAAACAUGAUGCAAAAUUUGUCUCAGACAACACUUUCAGAAAAACAACCUUCAUCUAAGAAAAAGAGUAUUAAACAGUCACAAACAUCUGCAGUUAAAGCCACUGCAAAAAUAAUAGGAACACCCAAAAAUCAGACCCAUUCGAAGAAAGGUGAGACUAUAAACAGUAAAGACCCAAAACAGAAAAUAGUUACUGGGCAGCCUAUAUCAAAAGCUCAAUCUUCAACACAAAGACAUUCAAGAAGUGAAUCUCCUGUUGUCCAGAAAAACAUGCAUAGUCCUGAACAGAAAAGUUCAGAACAGAAACUUGAACAACACACUGCUGCUGCUUUUGCAAUUCAGCCACACGACAAUAACAAAUGCAGCCCUGCAAAACAAAGUAAGUGUGAAAAAUCUAUGAUAGAGUGUAGCAGAGGAGACCUGCUCAUGGCAUCAUGGCAACCUGAUCCAAGAAAAUUAUUGGAUCCUCUUGAAAAUGGGGAAUACAAAGUAGAAACCAAACCUUUUUGUACUCAAGUUAGAGGACAAAAUGUUCCUAAGCUGAAUAUUUCAAUGCAAAAUGAAAUGGAAUCAAAACAGGUUUGUGAAGAUGAAAUUGAAUAUCUGGUAGAUAAAAACAAAGAUGAUGAUAGUACAACUGAAUUUAAUUGUUAUACAGAGCCUAGUAGAAAUGCAUACUCAGUCAUUUGCAAGAAUACUGGCCAAAAACUCCCUAGUUCCGUUUCAGAAGAAAGAUUGAAAAAGUGCAAAACUGUUUGUGAUUCAGCUCAGAAAUACUUGGGAUAUUCAGGAAACAGCAAAGUACAUUUAAGACAAGCAAUAGAAGACUGUGCAGAACAAAAUGAAACCUUAAACACUGAAAUGGGCAUUAAUUAUGGAGAAGAUCACUUUCCCAGCUUUUCUAAGGUAACAAAUGCCUCUAAUUCAGAACAAGAUGAAAGAAAAUCCUCUAAGACUCAUGUAAAGGGAUUUGCAAAGGCUGGUCAAUUGUCUGAUAAAUCAGCCUUGACCGAAUACAGGUCUGCUACAGUAGACUCAGAUGCUGCUUCAAAAUGUUUCACAGGACAGGUUACAGAAAAAUGUUCACCUAAAGAUAUGGAUACUACAGAAACACCAGAAAGCCAUGAAAAUUCAGAAAUUCCCUUUGUGGAUCGUUGGAAUUUGAGUACAGGUGUGUUGGAUCCAAAAGAGAGUCCUGAAUCUGAUACCGGCAGUGCAACAACAUCUUCUGAUGAUAUCAAACCAAGAUCAGAAGACUAUGAUGCUGGAGGCUCUCAGGAUGAUGAAGGAUCAAAUGAGAGAGGGAUUUCUAAAUGUAGCACUAUGUUGUGCCAUGAUUUUCUUGGAAGAAGCAGCAGUGAUACAAGUACGCCUGAAGAACUAAAGAUCUAUGACAGUAGUCUAAGAAUAGAAGUGAAAAUGAAAAAAGAGGGUUCAGAUCUUUUCCGUGUUAAUUCAACAAGUGAUGAUGAGAUACCAAGAAAAAGAUCUGAAGUGUGGUCACAUCAAGGUGUAUUAAGGUUCAAUACUAAGGAAAACGAAAACACUACUUUUGGCAGUGCACAGUUUACUCAGGAAGUGGACCAAGUUUCCUCUUCUGCAGAUGAAACGGAAGAUGAAAGAUCUGAAGCAGAAAAUGUAACAGAAACCUUUCCUCCAUCUGACCCUCCUACUCAGCCAUUCCAAGGAAUUGUUAAUUUAGCUUUUGAAGAUGCAACAGAGAAUGAUAUUGAAAGUCAAGAGUUUUCUACAACUAAAAAUUUUAAGCGAUCUGUUUUACUUUCAGUAGACGAAUGUGAAGAGUUGGGAUCUGAUGACGGAGACGCUCACGCUCCCCUUCAGCAUUCCAUAGAUUCCCCUACUCCUUCUGAUGUUUUUGAUAGUGUAUCUCAGGAGCAUGAUGGAAAAACUUAUUGUUCAAGGUAUUCAUUGGAGACUGAAGAUGGAUUCCUGGAAUGCAAACAGCAAGAAAAGGAUAGACGUGAGAGAUUAGAUAAAAGUGAGCACUUUUUUUUAGAUCUUCAUAACACAGAAAUCAAAGGAAAAGAUAAUCAGGGUGCUUCGGUCACAGAACAAAAUUGCCCAGAGAAAGCACUCUCAGUAGCAGAUAGUCAGUGUUCAAUACAAGAGCAAAAGGUAAAUAGUAAGAAUGAAGAGAUUAACGAAAUUCAGCAGUGCAAUAAACUUUCAGACAAUGACACAAAGUCUCAGGAAAGACCAUGUCAUCUGGACCUUCAUCAAAGAGAUACUAACUGUGACAUGCAAAAGAACAGCUCUGCAAAACCUGUAAAACCCUGUAAGAGUCAGUUACUGACUCAGGAAGGUCAAGUGAGAGAGUGUCAACAAGCACCUACUGAAUACACUAAUACUGAUUUACCUGCAGUUAUUGUAGUGAAUUAGAAAUUCCAUGUGCAUUGUUUGUUUACAUAACUUGUCUUUUCUGUAUCAGAAAUUUUCUAAUUAUGAAAGUUUAUUGUUAAUUACCAGUGGUGAUUGCUGCUCUAACUUAAUCUGUAAACCAGAAUUCGUUUGUUUGGUUGGUUGGUUGGUUUUUUACACAGAAAAUAAAUGCCUACAUUUUGUCAAUUUUGUAUAAAUUUACAUUUUUUCUUACUUGUUGGAUUGUUUCUGGUGCAAUGAGUUAAAUUUUGCUCUACAAAGCCCUGAAGGGGGAACAUGUGCAAUUUUUACAUUGUGUAGUAUUAUGAAUUAUUGCAGGAGACAUAGAUGAUUAUGACGUAUUGGCACAAACCUGCAUGUAUGAGCAUCGACCUUCAAAAACCCUUUCUCCAAUAUAUGAGAUGGAUGUUGGAGAAGCUACUGAGCAGAGGAUGGAGUCAGAAAGGGACAUUCUAGAUGUGGAUUUUGAAGAUCAGCAAUUUGCAGAACGGGACUGGACUCUUCUCAGGCAAUUGUUAUCUGAGCAGGACUCAAACAUUGAUUUCAAAAACUCUGUUCCCGAAGACCUUAACUUAGCACAAUAUCUUAUCAAUCAGACACUACUUCUGGCACGAGAUGGUUCAAAGCCUCAGGGUAAAUCACACGUUGAUACUUUCAGUAGAUGGACUGAAUUAAUAUCACCACUGGAUGAUUCUUCAGCAAGCAUAACAGUGGCAAGCUUUUCCUCUGAAGAUUGUUCUUCUCCUCAAGGGGAGUGGACAAUUCUUGAACUGGAAACCCAUCAUUAAAGUGAUCAAGUGUUUGAAAAUGGACUCCAACCCCUACCCCAAAUCUGUUUUUUGAUGCAUUGUUUCCAUACAAUAAUGAAAUACUGCAUCAGUUAAGAACAGCCAAUUCUUGAUACUGAGGCAAUCUUUCCAAUAUAUUGAGGUAAAUACUGGUAAUUUAUAACCUAGCUUUAGUCACAAAUAGAAUAAUUUUUCAAAGCUGAAAUAGAUGUUUUUCUAAAAUCAACUUUGAGCAUGUAUUUUCUGGAAUUGUUAGAAAAAUUAGAUGACUUGCAAGAAAAAUCUUGGUUUAAACUCCAUCUUCUAUCCUCUUCCUGUCAUUUGUUAAUAUAUUCUUUAUUGAGCAUGGAUUUUAACAUCUGACUGCAUAAGUAGCGCCAUUCUUUUCCUUUUUGCUCUUCAUACAGUGACUUGGUGAUUUUUCAACAAUAAAAGAUUGAGCAGUUGUGUUGAAAGGUGUUGUGUUCCAACAGUACUUUAAAUAUUAGAAAUUUAUACUUGCAUUUACAGAAUGUAAAAAGUUUUGGACUCUAUUUACAUAAGCCGCUUGUUCAGUUUGUUUCCACCAGAUUGAUUUUGUAUAUUUUUUGUUUGUUUUGAACAUUUUCAAUAAUUGUUUUUAAAUUGUCAUUUAUUUAAAUACAAGACUACAGAGGUACUGUAAGAAUGGUACAGUUCCUCUCUUGGGAACACAAAUACAUCCCCUUUAGUAAAUAAUGGUAUGGUGUAUGAAUCAGAAUGCUAAGCCUGUUCUAAAAUACUGUGUCUAACAGCUCAAAAAGUAGAUUCAGUCUGAAGCUUUAGCAGUGGCUCUCUUGCCUUCUUCAUUUUAAAAGUCCAUGUUUGAAGUGGAAUUUUAGUUGUGCUACAACUCAAGACACUUUUGUGCCCCUCCCCUACUGUUUAAGUCAUAACUAGUUUAUUGGGGUUUUCAAAAUCUUUGUAUCUUUGUGAGAGUAUUAGGGGUUUUGCUGUCUCUUUUUAAUCUUUUUAAUCUCAUAAUUUCUAUAAAAAUUUCCUUCUGGAGGCCCAGUGUCUCAUCCUCUUGAUUAAGGAGAACCGAGAAGGAAAUGCUUCUUACCAUGUCUGCUCUGCUCAUUCUGCUGUUAAAGAAGAUGGCAGUUAAAUGACAUGAGCAGGGGUUUUUUUAUUGUUGUUUUUGAGAAUUGGGGUCAAUAAGGGGGAUACUUUCCAGGUGAGGGGUAUUGGACCAUAUUCUUCAUGCCAUACUGAGGCAAAACGCAGCAAUAAGGAUGUUCUUAUGUAAACUAUACAAUAUUGCUUCUGCAGAUCCCCUCCUGUUGGUCAUUAACAGGAGAUGUGCCUUCAAAUGGGAGUGCUACACUGCAGUAACAAAUUACUAAAAUGGUGAUUAUAAAAAAAAGGCUUUUUUUACCAAAAGUCUAACUUGCACUGGUUAUAGCCAAGGAUAAUACAGGCGGGUGUUUUGCAAACUUUUGCACAAUUCUGCCAAUGCACCUUAAUCCUGGUCUGCAGGUAUUCCUGUUAUCUUAAUCCUAGGCUGUUUAUAAGAAGAGACUGACAGUAGCCUUGAAUUGUGAAGUCGCUUUGAGAUGUGGCUAAGCAGUGACUGCUGAACAAACUUUCACUUUUGACCUAAUCAGCAUUUGAUCUCAGAUCUCCUGACUUGGAAAGGCUGCUAUACACUGACUUUGACUGUCUGUCAAUACAAUCAACAUUUUACUGAAGCAGAAUUAUAAAUCGAUAGAGCAAGGAUUUUACCUUUUUUUUUUUUUUUAAUAGAGAGAGAGGUUAAAGAAAAGACAUUAAUCUCCCCUUCAUGUCUGUGCCCAUGAUACUUAGAAGGGAGUUCAGUCUUGGCUGCAUGUCCAUCCCCAGCUUUGUUAUAGAGGGUCCUCCCCAAGGGUUCCUGUGAGGAGGCUAGGAGCAUCAGUUGGACUCCUGGAUAUUCUGUCCUAAACCCACAAAGGAAGCUGCAUAAAUUAAUACAGCCUGAGUUUGUGCAAGCUCAGCAUCUUAGGCAUUGUAGGCUGUAUUUGCUCCAUUAUCCACUUUUGGUGGACAGGGGAGGGGAGGUUGCUGCAGCUAGGGGAACUCCCAAAAGCAAAUCUCCUCCAAGAUCAGGAGAGAGACCUCAUUUACCUCCUCCAGUUCUGAGAGGAGCACAGAUAUUGGAGAAUCUUUGGGAUAAGGAAAAACCACCAUUGUCGUCUAUAGAGGGGUAAACCACAUAACCUUAAGAGGGGUUCAAAGAACUCAAAAUAGAGACGAAACUUGGGUCUCUCCCCCCAACGUGGUUAUUCCUGUGUAGGAGACAAUAAGGACCAUGGAAGGUUUAAAAUAAAAACAUUUAAUGAACUCUAAAUUGAUGAAGGCACAAGAGGGUAUUAAUUUUUACACAAAAUAAUAUGGGAGAAGAAAAGGUAAAAGAUCAGGAGAGUAGACAGCGAAUGAAAGAGAAGGAUCCUUCUGCGCUCUGUCCCCUUUCCUUUAUAUUUUCCUGUAUUUUUUCAAGUGCAGCUCAUAUCUGAAAAGUAACUGUGAAAAAUGACAUGUUUCCCUGUUUGUGUGUCUGACUCCCAGAUCAAAUAUGAUUAAGUUACAGUUAAAAUAAUGUGGGUUUUUGUUUGUUUUGUUUUUUUUCUGAAUACCAGCUCUCAUUUUUUCAGGCUAGAAUUUGAAAGUCAACUUGUAUUAUUUUCUCAGGUCCUCAGUGAUAUAGGUACAACUUCUUCAGUGGAUUGGAACGGGUGUAACUAAGUGGAAUUUAGUAAAAAGUUUGUCAACGCACAAGAAAUAAUAGAAUCCAGCUCUCUCUCUCUCAGCCAUGUUGGCUCUGCAAAACCAACAGGAAUAAAAAGUAGUAGUAGUAUUCAUUAUCUGUAUUGCCAAAGUGCCUAGGAGCCCUAGUCAAGGACCAGGACCCCAUUGUGCUAGGUGCUAUACAAUCACAAAACUAAAAGAUAGUCUGUACCCCAAAGAACUUAAAAUCUCAGUAAGACAAAAGACAACAGAUUGAUAUAGACAGGGGAAUACAAGAAAAUGAUGAGAACAGAUAAGAAACAUCUGUCUGAGUGACAGGAGAAUGAGGAGAAUUGGAGGAGGAGGAGAAGAAAGGGAAAGUAAACCAAGGGGAUGGAGAAGGCCACGUAUGUCAACUUUUUCUUGAAAGAACUUAACUGUAGCAUCUAACAUAAUUACAAUAAAGUCAGCAGAUAUGGCUGUGAUGCUCACAGGGAAUAGAUCAGUUGAGUAAGAAGGUCCUCCUUUUAAGUGCUUUGGAGGCAAUUGGUAAAGAAAAGCAAUACUGAUGCUGUCCAAGAAAUAUGUCCAGUUUGCAAGAUGGCAGUUCUGGCCAGCAUGAAGCCUCUGUGUACGUCUUGAAUAAGUGUGGGCUAUAUUUUUAUUUUUGAACUCUACUUCAAAGUUGUAUUGAAUUUUUGAAAUGCCAUAAUUCUGUUUUCCACUGCCCUCUACCUGAAGAUUGAGUCCAGGAUCUGGCCCCCUUAAUCUUUUUGUGUGUUAACGUCUUCCCGGAAAUACAACCUGUAAAUUAAAAACCUGUUCUAGCUAUAUAUUGCUGGCGGCGUAGACUAUUUUAAACCUUUGAUACCAUGUUAUUGCCAUCUGGAAAUUCAUUAUCAACAUGCUUACUGCAUUUGUUCCAAAAAAUCUAAUCCCUCUGUUUGAAGGUGUUAAGACUUAUUACUAUGUCUUUCAGCAUUGCCUGCCAUGGAACAUAAACAAUUAAGAAGGCACAAUCUUGCUCCCAUUAAAGUCAAAGGUAAAACUCCCAUUGAUCUCAGCUGGAGUAGGUUCAGGGCCUAUGUGACUAAAGUGCAUGUUGUAUAAAUGCAGGGGUUUUUUGUACAUGUACUGAAUAGUUCUAUAUCUCUAGUCUGCUAAGUUCUAAUAUUUUAGAUGUAGGGAUGAUUUAUGGCAAAGAAAAUUUAACCAAGUAUAAUUGUGUGUAUUAUGCUGAUAUUCAUGAUUAGAUUAUUAACUGUUCUACCUUGGUAUAUCAUGCUCUUUCCAGCACUAAGCAGAACUGAAGACAAAAAAAAACACAGGAAUUCACGGCAAGUGGCUCUGUAACAAAACUAGUGAUGACUACACAGGACUAGAGGUGGGAAAUGGGCUUUUAAAAUGACAUCCAUUAUGACUACAAGCUUUUAUCUCUUGCAGAAAUUUUGUAACUGUUUUCAUGAAUCUAUUGUUGAUGACAAGCUGUGGUGGAGGAUUCUACGGCACAAUUAGAAAUACUGCUGUUUCACUGCAAAAAAUUUUAUACCUACUUAAUGACAGGUUUCAGAAUAGCAGCCGUGUUAGUCUGUAUUCGCAAAAAGAAAAGGAGUACUUGUGGCACCUUAGAGACUAACAUUUAUUUGAGCAUAAGCUUUCGUGAACUACAGCUCACUUCAUCGAAUGCAUUCACGAAAGCUUAUGCUCAAAUAAAUUUGUUAGUCUCUAAGGUGGCACAAGUACUCCUUUUCUUUAUACCUACUUAAGUUAGUAUCCAGACUCUGGCCAGGGGGUGUAUUUCAGGGAGCUGAACCUGGUGCACUGGAAAAUGAACUUCAUUAGAGGAAUAAUCAACUUAAACUAAAAACAAACAAACAAACAAAAAACCCACUUCCAUCUGAAAUUUUUUUCCUACAGUUAUUACCAAUAAUUGAAAGAGCCUGGAGCAGAAAGUACAACUCUUCUGAUCUUUCAUUUGACAGCCUUCUGUCUACAUUCAGUUUCACAGUUUCCUCUGUGUAGUCAGACCACAAUCUUGCAAACAUUUAAGCACGUGCCUGUCUUUGAACUACUUAUAUGAGUGAAGUUAGGCACAUGAAGUAUUUGCGUGAUUGGGCCCUUAGUCAUUUCUCCAUGUUUUUCUUUCAUCCGUUGUGUACAAGAAUUGCACAAACAUGUUUUAAACUUCAUGAAGUGUUUGUAAAAUCACAAAAAUUGGCAGGGGAACUAAAAAGUAGGUGUAAUACCUGAAACUAUUUUUAAUUCCCAAUGGGAUCCUGAUUGGACUCUCUGGGUGCCACAGUAGUAUAAAUACUUAGUUCCAUUAUUAUUAAUAUUAUUAUAUGCUGUUUUCCUGCUCUCCCUGGUUACUGCACAGACAUUCCCAGGUAAGAAAUCUGCCUCAAUAUGUGAUCCUAUUGGUACUUCAAUUGUGAUUUCAAAGCUGUAAGAAAUGUAACUUCGAGGCAGGUGGGAAGCUUGAAUUACAGCAAGGCUAGAAAUGUUUUCAGAUUCUAUUUCCAUUCCUAUUGAAAAAAAUACUCAAUUAUUCAAGGGUUUUUGUACCGUGCCUAGUAAGAUUCUUACUUAGAUAUAAGUGGUCAAAAUAGUUUGUGUUAACUUAAAAAAAAAAAAAAGUCUGAAAGGGAAGGAAAUAUGUGCACAGUUUAUUCAGUAAGUUUGAGAUAAUGCGUCAAAUGUAUCUCUUGGUGCCUAAAGUUAGGCACCAUCUCCAUAUUUAGCCACCUGAGUGGCCUUAUUUUUUUCAGAAAUGUUGAGCCUUUGCUGCUCCCAUUAAAAAUCUGGCCAUUGUUAUGGACGUGCCUAUAUUUGGAGAUGGAUAUCUAACUUCAGGCACCCAAAAUGAAACUUUUAGCCAGUAUUGCUUCAAAUUUUUGUUUCACUUUCACGAUGUGAUUCAUUCCGUAAUGCUGAGUUUGGCAAAGCUUUGCCUGAGCACUGUUUAAUAUAUUAUAUCACAAGACUCCAGCCUUCUAGUGCCCUUUGAGUGUUUUAUACUGGUAGGGCAAAUAUAUGAUUGUCAGACUUGUGCUAGAGUAUUGAAUAAGAUCCAUUUUGUUUGUUUAUAAAUCUGAGAGUAGUAUUGUAUUCAGUACAAUAUCAUCAGUGUACAUAACACUGAUAUGUCAGGGACAGGCCAAUGUGUACAUCAGAUCCAAUGUAGCAGUGUAAAAUCUCUAUAUAGUUUUAUCUUUCAUACAAUCUUAAAAUAACUAUCAACCAGCAGUCAUAUCAUGCUCAGACCCCAUAAAUUACUUAUGUGGCAGACAGACUCAUCUGAGUGUCAGACCUUUCUACCUUCCACUAAUUGAUCUACUUUUUUUUUUUUUAAACUGUAGAAUAGAAAACAUUUUCUGGACUUUUAUGCUCCAGUUCUUGAUAGAUCUCCUACAUAUAAACUAGGAUACAUUAUGAGAGAAGGUACAGUUUCACUUCCAGCAAACCAUGGCUUUAGGGUCCUAAAAUAUCUGAUCACCCAGUGGUUUAGAGUUGUUUGAUAGCUUAAAAAACAAACUGAAAACGUGCAUGUUUUCUACCUGUUUGCCUUUUAAACAUUUAGCUCACAUUGUGAUCCUAGGGAUAAGUAACUAUCUGCAUCUCCAAAUGAUGAAUAGUGAACAUGCACUUCUGUUUCUAAAAUUGCUGUACAGUUGCUUAGUCCUACAAGCCUUCUCCAUUUAUGUAUAAAAUGGAAAAUAAACCCUGUAUGUAACUGAAA